ACCCAAACAAGCACCUCACGAUCCCAGGCACUUGCUAAAAGCUUUUUGCAUCGCCCAUCAGCAAUCGCGUUGGUGGGGGUAAAGAAAAUUAGAAAAAGGAAGAGAUGAUGAUGAUGGGACGGAGCAUGUCUUCUGGAAAUUACUACGACUGGGCUCCUGCGAAGACGAGCCGGGUCAUGGCGUUUCACUCCAAAUCUCGAUGGGAGGAGCAUUUUGAUGCGUCCAAAGGGACUAACAAGCUGAUGGUGAUCUACUUCACGGCCACGUGGUGCGGACCUUGCCGGUGGAUGGAGCCGACGAUCGACGAGCUCGCGGCGGCGUUCGCCGACGUCGACUUCAUCAAGAUCGACGUCGACGAGUUAAUGAAUGUGUCGAGGCAGUUCGGGGUGCAGGCGAUGCCGACGUUCUUGCUGAUGAAGAAUGGGAAGGUGGUGGACAAAGUGGUUGGCGCCAAGAAGGACGAGCUCAGGAACAAGAUUGAGCAACACAGCAACAAGUCACAACCAUACCUUCGUAGCAACUCGUACCCCUAUGCGUACCGCUACGCGAUAUGACCGCCGCCUCAGUCGACAAAGUAUAACCGGGCCACGCCUCCCAUAGCUAAAUAAGA